UGUGACGUCACAGAAGUCACAAGACCCAGCCAGCGGAGCAGCGUGUCUGAGGCCACGGUACAGUUUGUCCAAAUUCCGUGUUAUGUAGUGGCUCCGAGGAAGAAGCGACAGCAUGGCCGCGGAGAACCAGCAUUUACGGGCACUGCGGCGCGGAGGCUGCGGCGGUUGGCUGUGAACUCGGUCGUUUUCUCCGGCGCAGCGGUCCGAGCCCCGCGGCUGUUAUUCUCUCGGCGGCGGGCUUUGUCUAUGCGCGCGUGCAGCUCAGCCGCGUUAGCGCCGUAGCGAGUCCACACGGUGCGCUCACAUCGGCGCUAAGCUAGCGGGCUGCUAGCUUGGCAGGUCUGCGUGGAGGGAGCCGCUGCGUGGGUGAUGUUGUCCGUGCUGUCCUACGGCAGACUGGUUGCCAGAGCCGUCAUCGGCGGACUUUCUCAGACCGACAGCCGCGACUACAGCCUGGUGACAGCGAGCUGCGGCUUCGGCAAAGACUUCCGUAAGGGCAUCCGGAAGAAGGGCAUGUGCUAUGGGGACGACGCGUGUUUCAUCGCCCGGCACAGAUCCGCCGACGUUCUGGGUGUUGCAGACGGCGUAGGCGGCUGGCGUGACUACGGCGUGGACCCAUCGCAGUUUUCAGGUACGCUGAUGAAGACGUGCGAGAGGCUGGUGAAGGAAGGACGGUUUGUCCCCAGCAGCCCAGUGGGCGUCCUCACCACCAGCUACUACGAGCUGCUGCAGAACAAAGUGCCAUUACUGGGUAGCAGCACGGCCUGUAUCGUGAUAUUGGACAGGCAGAGUCACCGGCUGCAUACAGCUAACCUGGGAGACUCGGGCUUCCUCGUGGUGCGUGAAGGCGAGGUGGUCCACCGCUCAGACGAGCAGCAGCACUACUUCAACACACCCUUCCAGCUCUCCAUCGCUCCACCGGGGGCCGAGGGGGCCGUCCUCAGUGACAGCCCUGAUGCUGCAGACAGCUCCACCUUUGAUGUUCAGCUUGGUGACAUCAUCCUCACAGCCACUGACGGGCUCUUUGACAACAUGCCUGACUACAUGAUCCUGCAAGAGCUGAAGAAACUCAAGAACACAAACUAUGAGAGUAUCCAGCAGACUGCGCGGAGCAUUGCAGAGCAGGCUCAUGUACUGGCAUAUGACCCCAACUACAUGUCACCUUUUGCCCAGUUUGCCUGUGACAAUGGAUUGAAUGUAAGAGGGGGAAAGCCAGAUGACAUCACAGUGCUACUGUCCAUCGUGGCAGAAUACACCGACUAGGUCGCACAGAGCUGUGAUGAACUACUUUGACUCCUGCUGGACAGGACGGAAGACUGAUGUCAGACGCCUCCCCCGCAUCGACUGGCUCAGCCUAAACCUCAGCUGAUUAUCCCUUUCUCUCCCACAAGCCCACUUGUCUGUGAUUGUGUCCAUCAAAGAGAAGCCUGAGACAUCCUCUUGGCAAGGCUGUAGUACUGGCAACUCUGCAAGAGUUCCAGUGUUCACUGGGUAAUCUCAUUGCCCAAAAUAAGCAGUCAUGUUGGAGAUAAGGAUAAGGCGUCUUUCUCUAGUUGACGGUUUGGGCCAGAAGGAAGAUUUGGAGACAAGGGAAGAUGUAGGCAGACCGGAGGUGUUGGACUGUUAAAGUGGCCCCAUGCUGAGCUGCCAGAAGGCAACCAGAUAGUCAAUCAGUGGAUUUAAGAAGGGAACUGCACAGAAAGUGGUAGUGUUUGCUCCAAUAAAUGCACUGCCUUGUGCACAUGGGGUUUCCUUGUGAUAUACCGCUAUUUGGAAUCCUUCAUCAGCGAACCUGGAGCCUUGUUUGUGGAUGCAGGGAGCUAAUAGGAUGUGAACAGUGUGCUGUCUUGUUAAAUGUUUGCAAGAAAAGUAGUGUAUGUGACAUUUCUACACCAGUGGUUAGAAGAGUGGCAGCUGCCUUUUACAAACCAGUGCAAUUCAAGACUUGCACACAUUUUGUUACUUCAUGUUUUGUAUUCAAAAUAACCUUGAGGUAUAUAUUGUUGUCAAACUGAUGCCCUCCCUUUAAUCUCUCAGCUGUUGCUGCUGAAGUCUUUGACUGUGACUACAUGUGGCGUGUCUGAAUAAGUGUGUAUGUGAUGAAGGCACUUAUGCUUGUCACUGUGUGCACUGAUGUGGGUAGUUUGUGUCUAUGAUAUGGACGUGAAGGCGGCAGACCUCUCCAUAUCCACAGGGCUGAAUUGGUUUUACAGCCUCAAACGCACAAGUUUAAGACGCAUAUCUGAAAAAGCUAAAACACAGUGAAAGUUGGUCAUGUGACCAAAUGUAUUUUUGUAACGUUGUCCAGUGGAAUUGUUGAAUUCCGUCACCGUAUGAGUGUAGCUUUAGAAGCUGUUGUUCACAAUCAGCAUUUCCUUGCCAUCUCCCUCUUGCUCUGGCGCUUCAAUGUCACAGUUUUCAAGUGAAAAACGGUCACCUUUCCAUUACAUCACAUUUUCACAUUGCAUUUAACAUAUUUCUCCAUAGAAUUAGCAUUUUGUCUCAUGUCACAAUUAUGUGCCUUGUAUCAAAUUUCAUUCAGGCCAGCUACAUCCAGCCUGAAACUCUUACGUAGUCAUAACCUUUCCCCAUCGUGCUCUGGUGUCUUUUACAUCAGGUCUUUCUGCUUACAACAUGUCACACCUUUUUCUCCUGAAAUCUGCUUUCUGUGGUUAGGAAAAUGAGAAAAGCCAUCCCACGCUUAGAAAGUCCUCCCUGUGAGCAAGUCACCGUUUACAAUCUGCACUGUGUGAUGGAUUGUCUCGCUCAAUUAAACCCCCUCCACACUGCAAGGCUGCUGAUGAGCAGAUGUCGGUAAAGCAGUGAAUGGAUAGAAAUGGUGCGGUGAUAACAUUACAGUACUGAGGACAAUCUAAGCCGCCUUAACAAAGCAAUGCCUCCCAAGUUGCAUGGUACCGCCAUCGUUAGCCUUGUGGCUCCUGCUUCCUCACAUACCUGCCCUGUUCUGUUUCCCAUCAACUUUGUUACAAGCAGAGCACAUAAGUAUAAAAUCUAAAAGGUGUACAGUGAAAUGCAGAUAUAAGUGAAAAGAUUUUCAUGUCUGUAUCAUAUUUAAAUAAAGACUAUAGUAUUUAUUA